AUGUCCGACUUCGACGAUUGGUUCGACAUGCCCAGUGGCGACGAUUUCGAGGAUGUAACAGGGCUAUUUGUUACUGCAGGUCAAGAAAUGGAACCUGAAGAGGUCAUCCUCAUGGACGGCAUGACGCUCAUGGAUGCAAUGAGUGCUUUCGAAAUCGGAGAGCCUCGUUUAGACAGCGGGAUGAUCCUCGAGGAGCAGCGCCGCCCACCGUUCGACCCGCUCGCGCCCUUGUUACCGGAGGAGGUCUGCUGGAUCCUGGACCGGACCUUCGCGUGCGAGAUGGAAUGGCAUUCCGGGAAGACGCUCUCCCAGAGCGUGUUUACCAUUCUCUUCGUCCACCAUCUGCCGGACAUCAACCCUGAGUACCUCAUCCCCGAGGACGACGAAGAUCCGGCGAGGCCGCGAUGGCUUAUUACCAUCGUCCUCCGCGCGGGCGUUCUAGGUAUGCUCAAGUGCUGCGACCUCGCGUGGCGCGAGCUGUCGAAGAACCGUGUGCAGGAUAUCGAGGACUGGCAAGGGGAGAAGUGCGACGUGUCCUUGCUAGAGGGAAUCAACACCAGCGUGGUUCUGCACAUGCUGGACAUCGCCUGCGACUGGGUGCGGCAGUCUAACCUGUCGCCGCAACAGGUUUCUGCGCUCUGCGAUAGGCUGGCUCUGCGGAAGGCCCUCAUGGAGCUCUACAAGCUCGAGCCCCUACGAGAAGUCGAAAACCUACCGUUGGCUUUGGCUGUAGCCCAAGGGCUCAUCCACCGUGUACGGUCAUUGCCACAAGAGCUGCCGCAGGGAUCCUCUGCGCUACUGGUCAUGGACCCCUACAUUGCACGGCGACUACCAAAUUUCAUGCCAAUACGCGUCACUGAGAUGCCACCGCCAAAUCAAAGCUGGGAUGUCCUUCAAGACUUCGUCGAGUACUGGGUGACUAUCGGGCAACUCGUGACGUCGCCGUCACUACUCAAAUGGAAGGUCCGCGGAGAUUCGUGGAUUGCACUGAACAGGGAACCACCGGCCGCAUUUCACCGUUCAUCACUCCAGAGUCUCUUCUUCGACUCUGGAUUCGUGCUGGGUUCCCAUCGGACAACAUGGCUACUUGAGCGGUAUUUCUACGAAGCCCUCGGGACGCCGUACUCGACCAUUUUGGCCGCGUUCGAGCGCAGCGCUCCCUAUAUGCAAAAGGCAACGAUGCGAGAUGUUAUUGAGCGACGGAUCGUCAAGUUGAUGGUCCCCCACAUUCGAUCGAGUUGGUACAACCCUCCGCGACGACGACGACACCUGAUGAAGGAGGUCCUACAGUGGCAUAUGUUGUAUGAUGUGAUGUUGAAAGACGUUGACCAACACCGACCACCUGACGCCGACGCUGCCGCCAUCCUCAAAGCCAUCCCUCAAACGGCACUCAUGCGGCGAUUAUCAGCAUGUCGAGAGGUCAUCUUGUCUGGCUUCCAACAAGAGCUAUAUGCGCCUGAUGAGAAGCCGAUCGCAUACUGGCGCCUUGCAAACGUCCUUGAGGCACAUCUGGACUGCAUCGAAAGAUUGCUUCUUAUAGUCCCACCAGGUACUAUGGCCCACCACGAGCUUAUAUUCCAAUCCCAGCAUCUCGCGGCGCUGCAGAUGAUCUCGGUGACUCUCGUUCCUCUGACAGCUAACUGUAUUACGUCGCCGUGGUCCCGAAUUGCUCUGAACUUCAUGCGAAGAUACAAGUGGCUGUUCGCGCCGCAGUUCAACGACCUUGUGCCAGCGGAACCUGUAGCGGAUCUCACGCGAUUCCCGCAACAGCUGGACGAAGCCGUGCGGGACCUUCACUACUCCCCUUCCGAGACCUUCAAACUGGCCCAAAACAUCCUCUCGCGUCUCAGCGAGUCGCCGCAAGAGUGGGUCGGACAUUCAGCCAACGGCCGACGAGAAUAUUUGCAAAAGCUGGCAGAUGUCUGCGAGAACCUCACACAACAUACUCCGAGGAGCCAGCUUGAGCUGCCCAAUUUCAACCAUAGGACGUUGAAGUGGAUACCCGAGGUGCAUCCUUGGUUUCCGACUGUUCCUCUCUCGUCGUGA